CACUCAAGCUUGCAAUGCUUCCUCUCACUCCUUAUUUGACAGGGCUUUACAAGAAAUGAUGGGAGAGUUUUGGAAGGACUCUACCUGACAGCUCUUCCUCAGCUGAUGAUAACAAUAAUGAUGAUGAUGAUGAUGAUGAUGAUGCCAUGCUGUGUGGUUAACCUUCUUUCAUAUGACCAGAGACAACUCAUGGGAAGUGGAUAAUUUUUUUCCACCUCAUGGUCUGAUCUUCCAACAUGGACUUGGACACAGUAACACAGAGCUGGCGGAACAUUCCAUUCAUUCGUGUUAUAAAGAGUGUCCACCUGGAUAUCAUAAAGAAGGAAACUGUGACAACCCCUUUCCAAAGAACAGAUGUAAAAAAUGUGGCAGUCACACAUUCACAGCGAAAUCCAAUAGCCUGGAGGAAUGCCUGAGGUGUGACGUGUGUGGUCCUUAUGAAGUGGAAAUACAGUCAUGCUCCUUUCACAGUGAUGUGGUGUGUGCGUGCAAGGAGGGAUACUACAACGCAGGGUCCCAAGAAAGCCUCAAUUGCCUUGCAUGCUCGUGUGAAGCUUGUAAAGAUACUGGAAAGCGCAUUCAUGAGCAACAGAAUUGUGAGGCAUGCUUCAAGGAACAGUGUUUAAAAGAUGCAGAAUGCAAGAGAAAAUGUACAGCUACAACUGCAGCUGUCUUUAUAGCCACAUUAACAACAACAAGACUCCCCAAUUCAAAACAGGACAGAACAUCACUUAAUCAAAAUCCACUUCACGUAGCAGGUGAUGGCCAAUGGAUGUUCAUCUUCCUGGCUGUGAUGCUAUUUUGGCUUCUGGUGUUCUGCAUCUGCUUUGCCGUCUACUUGCGGUCUUCUCCCAGCUGGAAAAUCAACAAGAACUAUGAGAACCCUACUCAAGUUUCCAAUGGUACUGUAAAAGCUCACAGUCAUCCAAGCAGCAGCCCAACCAUGCGGACAGUUAACGUCCGUGAGGAAACCCCCAUGAUGACACCAUGUCAGAGUUCAGCAACACCAGCUCAUCUCGACCACAUGGACGCGCCGCUAACAGACGGCCAACACAAAGAUGGCAGACUAGAGGAGCCAAGCAGGCACUGGCCGCCCAUUGUCCUCUACGCUAUCAUUAAUGAGGUCCCCCUGCGCCGGUGGAAGGAGUUCUUGAGGAUGCUCUCGGUGGCAGACCAGCAACUGGAACGCGUGGAGUUUGAAGCCGGCUUGGGCCUGCUGGAGAAGCAGUACCAGAUUCUGCGGCUGUGGAGCCAACGCUCCUCUGCCAGCCUGGAACGCAUCUUCUCCGCCUUGCAUUACAUGAAUUUGUCCGGCUGUGCUCAGAUGCUGCAGGAGACCCUGGAGAGACUUCAGUGGAGGGAUCAGCCAAAGGAUGAAUUCACAGCCUGCUGAGACUUCAGGUCAAGUAAAUGUCAAGUAAUACGACAGGAAAGAUUGUAUUUGCUCAAGACUUGCAUAUGAACAAUCGGGGAACUCAAAUGGCAAUAUCACAAGUUUAUUUUAUUUAAUACAUGAGGGAUCAAGAUCCGUUGUCCUUUUCUUUCAGCAUCCAAUCUCUUUCAGUCUUUACUUGAAGUUUGUAAGUGACAGUGGGCAUGUCGAUCUCAGCGGUGGGAAGUCACAAACUAAAAAUGCUUGGCCACGGCACUUAAGUGUUUACUUUUUGGGUACAAUGAACCCCUGCAUAUUUGCAGUUAUGCUUUUGCCUAUUCGUAAAAUUUCUGGGGGACCAUUCCUCCUUUAUUUCAUUAAAAACUCACUUAUAUGCUGUUUUUGUGUUCAGUAACAGUAUUGCUUUGGUGCCAUGGAACUCUUUGGAAGUGAGUUGAGGAGCAUCAAGCAGGGAGUCUUAAUAACGAUAGCAACAGAUUUAAAUAAAAAGCAAGAUAUUCCCCAUCUAUAACCUUAUUUUUUUAAAGAGAUUUUUUUAUGUUUUUGGCAAAUGAUUCAUGGUGAAUGUUUUUGUCUUGUACCAGCCUAAAAAAACACCAGUACCAGACGUGUAUUUUUUCAAUUAUCACAAAGCCCAAUUUUCUUGCUUCUCAGUUCACAAUGUUACCAAAGCUAUAGACAGCAUAGCAUACAGAAGACAGCUUUUAUAGCAUAAAAGUCGGGCCAGUGUUAGCUAGAGUGCUAACGUGAUGUGAUUUAUUUAAUUUUUCUUCGUCUUCUUCUCAGUUUGAGCACUAUGUAAGCCAGUAAGGCUAUUUUGUAUGCAUAUUAGUUUUUCUUCUCAUUGUACCAAGUUAUCAACAGGUAUUGUAAAUAAUUGACAGUAAAAAAAAAUUUUUUAAUUUUACUUUUGGGCGUCACGGUGGGCGACUGGUUAGUACAUCUGUCUCAACAGAUCUGGCCUCGCCUGUGUGGCGUUUGCAUGAUCUCUCCGUGCCUGCAUGGGUUUUCUCCGGGUACUCCAGUUUCCUCCCACAUCCCAAAAACAUGCAUGGUAGGUUAAUUGAAGAUUCUAAAUUGUGAAUGUGAGUGCGAAUGGUUGUUUGUUUCUAUGUGCCCUGUGAUUGGCUGGCGACCAAUUCAGGGUGUACAUCGUCUCUCACCCGAACAUAGCCGGGAUAGGCUCCAGCACGCCCGUGACCCUCGUGAGGAUAAGCAGUACAGAAAAUGGUUGUACUUGAGUACAUGUCAGAGUUUGUACUUUUUACUUUAAAUGUAGAAGUUCAGUCAAUUCUUCUACUUUUACCAGUUAUUUAUUUAUUUUAUUUUAUGAAUGCAAGUAUCUGUAUUUCUACUUAAGUAUAAAGUGAAGUGUGAGAAACUUUGCCAUGUCUGACAACAUACAGGUAUGAUGUGAAAUUAACUGACCUGACAUGUCUUCCAUCUCUUUAGAAAUGAGUUUUUGUACACUCGUUAAACAAGAAACUGAAAUCCCCACAGAAUUUACAGUUUUUUGGUUGUCGCAAACAAGUUCUGUCAAAGCACAGUAGGCAGUUUGUUUAUUUCACACCACUUGUGCCGUUUAACCUGAUGGUUUCCUUUUGUGGUGUCUGCGUGUCUCAUUUUGAGAUGGUUGUGCGCCUGUACAGCUACUGACGGGAAAGGGCUUGGGCUUUCCAAUAAAUUGAGAAUAAUUUGUGGUUUUAAUAUGAAUUGCAGUUUUGUUGUGGUUUUCCUGUUGUGCCAAGUUGAGACAAAUGUAUCAGAAUAUUUUUGUGGUUGUGUGUACGUCUUUAUUUUUUAUUUUUUAAAAAGCUUUUUUUGUUUAAAAAAGAAGCUAUUAAUGUGUGCAUAUGUUUUUAAACAGCUCAGAGAUUUAAUGCUUUGCCAGGAUUGAAAAUUGCAACCUUAAUUAUAACUGAAUACUCUAUGCCAUUGUAUUUAUGCAGUUGUUUAUGUCUAAAGUUAUUAUUAAGUUAUUGUAAAUACAAAACACUGUAUUAUU